AUGGCGAACUGGCUUGUAUUUCUUAUUCUUCUAUACUAUCCAUGCUUUGUAGCUGCAACAAAUGCUGAAGGUCAAGCAUUACUUGAACUCAAAGCAGGACUAAAUAAAUCUACAGACUUACUUGGAACUUGGGAUCCAAAUUUAGUGGAACCCUGCACUAGUUGGUCUCACAUCACCUACAGUGGAGGACAUGUUACAGCUGUGCACUUGGAAUCUAUGGGAUUUUCAGGUACCUUAUCCCCUCAUAUUGGCGAGCUGACGUACCUCAAUAUCCUAAGACUAGAGGAUAAUCACAUAUCUGGUAGCCUACCACCAGAACUUGGUAACAUGACAAAUCUACAAAAUUUGAAUCUGUCAAACAAUGAUUUCACUGGAGAUAUCCCUAGCUCAUUGGGUGGUUCCAAAUCAAUAGUUGGAAUCCUGAUUGGAAGUAUUGGAGGGACAGUUGUAGUUUUGACAUGCUUUAUCUUCCUUUUAUGGAAGUGUUGGUGGUUGCGCUACAUGAAAGAGGUUUUCGUUGAUGUUUAUGGUGAGGAUGACAGAAAGAUUUCUUUUGGGCAGUUGAAGAGGUUUUCAUGGCGUGAAUUGCAGCUUGCAACAGAUGAUUUUAGUGAGAAAAAUGUGCAGAGAUAA